AUGAGCAAUUCCUCAGGAAAAUCACAGUGCGAAUUCGAGAUUGCGCUCGAAGAAUUCAAGAAAAAUGCACAACUCGGCGCAGACGAGGUCAAAGAAUUCCGCUUCGCAGACCUGAACAGCUUGCGAUCUACCAUCAAGCGAAUACAAACUGAACAAGAAGCGAAGCGAAGAAUGCGGAACAUGAAGAGGCUGGAGCCUUUUCUUCAAACAAUGGAGCAAUAUGGUCACACCGUUGACGUCUUCGUGAAUACAUCUGAAGUACUAGCAUUCGUCUGGGGACCUAUGAAAUUCCUUUUGCGUGUGGCCUCAAAUUAUGGUGAUGCUCUAGACCGUCUUCUUGAGGCAUACCAGACCAUCUGGGGAGAACUACCCCUCCUCAGCUCUUUCCAAGAUCUGACUUCCGAUCGGCCCUACACAAAGACGAUCCUUAGCUGGAUUUAUCAUGAUAUUCUAGACUUCCACCGGGAGGCCAUGAAAUAUUUCCGGGGAAAAGUCUGGCAACAGGUGUUCCACGCAGCAUGGAGAGGUUUUACACCAAAGAUAGACUUGGUGAAAACCAAAAUGCAAAGGAACUAUAAUUUGCUUAAGACCGAGGCGACUCUGGCUCAGCUGGAGGAAGUCAGACGGAUUCACCGCAUCGCCGUGGAUGAGUUCAAUAAUCAACGGCAGGCAGAGCUUGACAGACGACGAAAUUACGUGACACAGUGGCUCUGUGCCCCUAACACACAAGGAUUCCAGGAAGAGAUCGCAGAAGCCAGAAUUUGUCCUGACGCAGGUUCAUGGCUCAUGAAGGAUCAUAGAUUCACGAAUUGGGCGGAUCCUGAUUUCUGUAACAAUCCGCUAUUAUGGAUAACGGGGAAACCUGGUGCAGGCAAAUCAGUACUUACCUCUCGUAUCGUGGACGAGGUUCGAAUGUCGCAAACACCAUCCCAGAGCUCCUCAAAACGAGACACGUCGAUCGCCUUCUUCUACUGCAAACACAAAGACACCAGUCGAAACAGCUUUCUCGCCGUCGCAAAAGGACUUCUAACUCAAUUGCUUGAUCAAAACAAGCACCUGAUCCAAUACUUCUACGAAAAGUCCUCAAACUGUGGUGAAACCUCGUUACACACUAGGGUGCUCGCCGGAGAGUUAUUGCACGUUGCCCUGAGCUGUUCUAAAAGAACGUAUAUUGCCCUCGAUGGCCUUGAUGAGUGCGAUACAAAAGAAAGCAGAUAUAUUGUCGAGUUCUUUAGGAAUACUGUUGAGGCACUUCCUAUCGCGGAUAUGGACUCAAUCCGUUGCCUCUUUGUCAGCCAAGAUGAUAGAGAGGCCAGGAAGGACCUAUCCAAUAUCCCGUCAAUAAACAUCUGUCCUUCAGAUACCAAACAUGACAUCCACUCUUUUGUCAUGAGCUGGAAAGACAAGGUCGAGAGGAAGUUUGGAGACCUGCAAGGGGUUAAAUACGAUAUUGCAAAGAUUGUCACGGCCAAAGCCCAAGGCAUGUUCCUAUUUGCCAAACUCGUGAUGGAGAAUUUGUAUGAGCAAACUUCAGUGGCAAAUGUCAUUUCAGAGUUGGCAAACUUUCCGACCGGACUCGAUCAAGCAUACACUCGCAUUGUAGAGCGUGUCCUCAACCAGAAAACGUCAACUAGAAAACGUGAUACUCAGCGCCUGCUUCAAUGGUUGGUCUGCACAAAACGACCCUUGAAGUGGUACGAAUUCCAGGCGACAACCUGCGUAGAUUUAAAUGGAGAAUAUUAUGAUCCAAAAGUCUUCUCACAGAGGAUGUGGCGCGAGGAUCCCAAGGACCUCUGUGGUUCCUUGAUUGAACAUCACAGAGACGGAACGGUGGAUUUUGUGCACCCAACUGCCAGAGAUUAUCUCAUCAGAACGAAAGAGGUCAUACCCAGCGAAUCUCAUUUUCAGAUCACCCGCCUUACACUGGGAUACCUUAAUCUGCCUCCCGCCGACCUCAAUGCUGAUGCAGAAAUGACACGCCAGGCCCUCAUGACUGGGUUCUUUGCCUAUUUAGAAUACGCAAUGGCUUGCUGGUCGCUUCACCUGCAGGAGUACUCACUGUCCCAGCCAGAGGACAAGAAUUUAGAGGACCUUAGUGAAGAGCUGGAGGUCUUUCUUGAAAUACACUACCAACAACAGGUGCCGGACUUGGCUGUGCCUAAUUCAAUCAAGGAAGAGCUCUCGAUUUUCGAUCGUUUUGGUUUCCACAGCGAGCUUUCCCAAGCUGUGACUUGGGCACGCAAACAACUCGGGGCCCAUGGCAAACCACCAGAGGCUGAGCACGCACUGGAUCUUUUGACGUUGGUCCAGAGGGUGAGAGCCGUGCUCGAGAAUACAGGAAAGUCCCAGCUCACUGGCGAGCAAAGGUCUUCUUUAAGGGCCCUUUAUGGAACGAAUUGGUACAAGUGCUCUCGAGUAAAUUGCUUCUAUUAUCACCACGGCUUUCGGAAUGAGGCCCAAAGACAACAACACAUCAACCGCCACGAGAAACCGUUCUUUUGCGACAUUACCGAUUGCGAUUUCUCGUCACUGGGAUUUUCUAGCAAAGACGCGAGGAACACUCACAUGUUGGAAGUUCAUGGAUUCGACGCGGACGGAGACGUCGAGUUCCCAGAGCCACCACGGAAGAUGCAAAAGAUCAAAGCUGGUUCCAGCCAACACCAGUGCGAUGUGUGCUCCAAGACAUUUACGCGGAGUCACAACCUGAAAGCACACCUGCGCAGCCACGCCAACGAGAAACCGUUCUCUUGCACAACCUGCGGCGCGUCUUUCGCACGACAGUAUGACAGAACAAGGCAUGAAGCAAUACACGUCGGAGAGAAGAAAUUCGUCUGCUUUGGGACCUUGAAGUCUGGGGAAACAUGGGGCUGCAAACUGACAUUUGCCCGGCAAGACAAGUUGGCCGACCAUUUCAAAAGCAAGACAGGAAUGCAGUGUCAGCGGCCUGCGCUCAUGGAAGAGCGACAAGAAGCACAGGGAAGCAGCUCGAGAGCUGACUCUGAGGGUGCCCUGACAACAUCGGGUAGCACAGGCAACGACCAUGUGAGGGACAGCGUUUUGUUUCUGCAGCACUCAUCUUACGUCCACAACCCAGACCUGCCCACCUUAUAA